AUGAAUAUACCAGGGUAUUACUAUGAUGAAGUAAAGAAACGGUAUUUCAAAAUCACCAAUGGAUCCACUAAUGAAUUGUAUCAUAAUAAUACCAUUCAACAACUACAUCGAGAGGAAAAAAUCAUGAACAAACCCAAAGAACCUGUUCGAUCAUCAUCAAAACUAAUUUAUCAAGAUCAAUCCAUUACCAACUUGAAGUUGGGUUUGAGUGUUCCUAAUGAAUCACUUCUAGAAUUUGAACAGUUCUGUUCUCUUUCUCGUACAUGUUGUAUAGAUUACCGCCACGAAACGAAAUUUUGGGGUAAUUUGUACAUUGAUAAUGACCAAUAUAUUAUAAUAACGGAUCAGAUUAAUCGUAUCAAGUUGAUAGCUGUUCACCUGAUAAUUGAAACAGGCAACGAAAUCCUGGAUGAAGUUAUGAUAGCAGAUGUUAUAAAUGCCCCAGGGCCAAGAGUUAACCGUUUGAGUGAGAUAAUUAAUAGUUUAGGAUUACUACCUUUUGAAAUAUUGACUAUGUCUAGUAGUGAUGAUAUGCUUUUUAUGAAUGUGAUAAGUGAAAGUGAUUUAGAUAAUCCCCAAAUUUAUCAAAAUUUCAUCCUUAUGGGACAAAUAAAGAAAUCAAGACAUGGAAUUCUGGAGUUUGUUAAAAUAGAUAGAAAUAUGGAUUUCUUUAAGUUCACAAUGAACUUAUCCAAUGGAGAGAUUAAAAAGGACUUACAACAUUUAUUUGGUAUGAAUGUUAUUGAAAUCCAACAAGAUUUAUAUCAUUAUAAACCACAAGUUUUAAAACCUAUUAAAAGAUUUUUCAUUACAUUUUCAAAACUUACCAAGAAUUACCUCUUAAUCGGAACAAAUGUGGGAAAUAUUUAUAUGUUAGAGCAUGAAGAUUAUAAAUUCAAUGCAGUCACCAAGUUCAAAUUAAGUAAUAAGAUUGAAAAGAUCAACAAAAUUGAAAAGAUUGAAGAUUAUUUGAUUAUCUCAAGUUAUAAGACUUUGAUUAUAUUCAAUUUUGUCAGUAAUAAUAAAUGGAUAUUUAACAAUCAUGAUUUGAUAAAGAAUCUCAGAGUUACCAGAAUAUUCCAUUAUUUCCAAAUAACUUUGAUUUCCUAUAAGAAAAUCAGGUUACUCAAUUUUGAUAUUCUGACAAACAAAUAUGAAAUAAUUAAGGAUAUUAAUUAUACUAAUCAUAAUAUUAUCAAUUUAUUUUCCAUUGCAACUGAUAAGAAAGUGGUCAUCCUAAACCAAUCCAAUAGUCGGAUACUAAUAGCUAAUUUAUCCAAUUUCGAAAGUAAAUCAUUUGAAUUACAAAUAUCCAAACAAAAAAUUAAUGGCAUAAUAAGAAUUGAUAAAGAUUAUAUGUUGAUAAGUUUGAAGAAUAGUGAUAAUACUAGUGAAUUUCAGAUUUAUCAAACUUAA